CACCUCCUCCUCCUCCAACUUACCCACCUCCUCCUCCUCCAACUUACCCACCUCCUCCUCCUCCAACUUACCCACCUCCUCCUCCUCCAAUAUAUCCACCUCCUCCACUCCCAUGUACAGCAACUGACCCAAUCUGUAUUCCUACUAUGUCAUCCGGUUGCUGUGACGUCUGUCCUCCGGCUGUUGAUAUCUGCCCCCUCACGGGGCUACCAAUCUUGUCACGGCUUAGAAGACGAGCGCAGCGCCAGUGCGGUUUGGACGCCCACUGCCCCAGCGACUCCGUGUGCUGUGCCGACCAGUGCCACCAUCACAACAAAAUCUGCAAGAGGAAGCCGAGGAGUGUGAACGCUGUGGCUAACCUUCCUUCUAAGGUGAAUGUGACAGUCAUCAUGACCUCAGCCUCGGCCGACAGCCAGCAGGUCCUGUCCUCUUACCUCGUUCCUCUUGAGCUGUCUCUGCGGGACCACGUCAAGGUGGAGGUCGUGCCUUUCGGCAUGGUGGAGAACGGCGGGUGCCAGCACGGGCCCGGCGACUGCCUUGGGAACCGUCUCAUUUCGUGCGCCGUCCGCCACCUCCCCGUUGCCGACGGAGGCUUGGCAUUCGCUACUUGCCUCAUGGAACACCAGAAGCACCUGAGGUCGAACGAACACUCGAGCAUCUUGUCCGCGGCUUUGACGUGUGCCGAAGGGUCGAGAAGAAACACCAAAGCAUUCUACAAGUGCAGCGUAGGUCCUGAGGGUUACCAGCUGUUUGCGGCAGCUGCUAAGAGGCAGUACCAGCUGGUAUCUUCCCUCUCUUACGUACCAACUGUGCUGAUCGAUGGGGAAGUGGUCGUGAAAAGCAACGAAGACAUGGCAAAGCUCCCGUUAGUGUUGUGUAAUAAACUCAACCACGUACCUCGAGUUAAAUCUUAUUGCCAGGAUUACAUGAAAACGCAAGUCAAAAACUGAAUGAAAACGGAAAAAAUGAAGUUGAAAGUAUUUUUGGAUAAUUGUGUUUUGCUUGUUUACAGGAAAUAAAAGAAAUUGUCAUUGA